ACUCAGGUAGCUGGUAGGUCCAAUAUUUCAUUCAUUUGUUUCUUUCAGCUUCUUUGUGUAACCAAACUUCCAUAAAGAUUCACUGAGUGGAUCAACCUAUGGAUUUGGAUUUCAAUUUUUGAAUUUCAUGUUUCCUAGAGUUUUCAUGGCUGCAUUUCCUAUAGGUUAUAAAACACCAUACAAGGACCAAAACCUAUUGAGGCAAAGGGCAAUAAAACACAAUGACAAAAGGUUCAUGAAUCACCAUGUCAAUAUGCUAAGAUCCUCUUCAAUUCCUGGUCAAGUUAGCAAUAUCUAUACAAAAUGCAUUGCUCAUGGCAGAGGAGCUCUGCAUAGGGCCGCGACGGAAGAAAUACUCGCGGCCGGUGGUAGUCUAGAUUGUCACCUAAGCAUCAUUCAGAGAUGUCAUUCGAAUUCGAAGAGAAGAAACCUUUUCAAAGUUCUGUUUUCAGCAGAGUCUGGCUCCAUUGAGAAACAACUAAGAUCAUUGGAUUCUUACUUUGGAAAACUCCAUGAGCAAACAAAGUUGCAUACUUUUGAUUCGUUGAAUAAAGUGGCGCCGGUUCAUAAUAGAGAUAGCGAAACCAGACCUAAAAAUGGACUAGAGUCUCUUGAUGAGUAUCUUAGCAAAUUGAACAAUGUUACUGCAAAAUUGUCAUCUGCAGAAGUAAACCAAGAAUUUCUCUUACCAUCAAGUUAUGAUGAGAAUCUUGGUGAAGAGACUUUAGUUCAGAAACCAAAGUUUAGGAAACCAAAUACUUAUGUGGAUAUAAGAAGAAUCAAAGGCAUAGGUGAUUCAAGGUCUACUAUGGAUCCACUGCAGAAUGAUGAAACCUCUAGUCUUUACCUAAUUGGUAUAUUGGUUUCUGUAAACAUUGCAGUGUUUCUAUUUGAAAUAGCAAGUCCUAUAAGAAAACCAGAUUUCGAGCUGUUUUCGCUUCCGCUGCUAUACGGAGCAAAGAUAAACCAUUUGAUCAUGGUUGGAGAAUGGUGGAGGCUUGUAACACCAAUGUUUCUGCAUGCAGGAAUAUUUCACAUGACUCUCAGUUGCUGGGCCAUUGUAACUUUCGGACCGCAAGUAUGCAAAGGAUACGGUUCAUUUACUUUUUUCUUGAUCUACAUACUUGGUGGAAUAUCUGGCAACAUGAUAAGCUUUCUUCAUACUGCGGAUCCAACAGUUGGUGGCACAGGACCUGUAUUUGCAAUAAUUGGUGCUUGGCUCAUGUAUCAAAUUCAAAACAGAGAUGUCAUUGCAAAUGAUGCUUCAGACAACAUGUUCCGGAAGGCAAUAAUUGUGACUACUCUUGGUUUCAUAUUAUGCAACCUUGGUCCAAUUGAUGAAUGGACACACCUUGGAGCAGCUUUGACAGGCAUGGCAUUUGGGUUUCUAACAAGCCCAAGUGUUGAGCUUAAUGAUGCAUCAUCAGGAGGAAGUGGAGGACAAGAGGAAGGGCUCAAACUUGUUAGAAAACAUGGUGAUUCUUGCAAGUCACUGAUUGUAUUCACCAUAUUCAUCAUUGCAUUAAGCUCUCUCCUUUUCUUUAUGGAGCCCCCACUUAAUGCACUUGCAGCUGAAGACUUGGAAUGCAUGUAGUUGAUGCAGCUUUCUAUACUCCAUCAUGUUCACACUCUAGAAAUCCAUUUGAAACUGCUAGACAUGUACAUUGUAAAAAACAGUGAGUGAGAACAGAAAUUAUAUUUCAAUACUUUAAAGUUUUGAAACUUUGAAAAGAAGAAGAAACGAAUAUAUAUAUAUAUAUUUUGUAAACAAAGUUUUUGUGGGUAAGCUCACCAUAGUUUGAAAGGAGUCUUUACAACAGCAUGAAAGACUUGAAUUCGUA